CGACGACAACGACGAGGACGAACGAUUUCGGAGGCUGUCAGUCUGCUUUCGACAACUCCAUUAUUAGCCGAUCCCGAUAGAAGAUCCCGACGGGAAACGUCGGAGGAAGGUUGCCAGGUAUCCUUCGGCUUCAGCGUGCUUCUCCCACCACCUCUGAUUCGGUGAGAACUCGGCAAGGGUGACACACCCACCCCUCGAAAAAAGCCCUUCGGGGGGUGAGUUUCCGGCAGUCGACGUCACCCAGUCCGCUCUACCAACUACAGUCGCUCAACGAACGGCGUUACGGUUCUUACGAUCGAGCUGCUUUUUGACAGCUGGCCCUACGUCCUACGUAUCCAGCUCCGUGCAUCCCACUAUCGAGACACCGGGUCACUCUGAGCGUUCUCUUCUUUUCCGAACACGAAUCCGCGGGAUUCCUCCAGCGAUCACCUCCGACGAUGAUUUAGACAUUCGUCGAUUGAAACAAUUAUUCAAUUGACGUACGUCUCUCGAUCUCGGCAGUGUGUCCACGACGAACCUUUCGACGUUUGUACUAUGUGCGCGACACCGUUCCCGACGAGUAUCGUGUGAUGUUUCUAAUCCGGUGAGUGAGCGUUGGUGCGUGUUUUGCCGCUGGACGAAGGGCUCGACGAAGCAGAAUCGCGAGAAGCAGGUCCGCGCCGCUGUUGUCAUCCGAUCGUCAACGGAAGAUGAGACUCUGGGUGGUCAUUGGCGCCCUGGCGGUGGCGAUCAACGCGUCCAUCGCCGAGAUCACCAGGAACAAGAACCGCGGCAGAGGAUCGAUGUGGUGGGGAAUCGCCAAGGCAGGGGAGCCGAAUAAUUUUUUGCCAAUGUCGCCGGCCUCCCUUCACAUGGAUCCGACGGUGUACGCGACCUUGAGGAGAAAGCAGCGCAGGCUGGCCAGGGAAAAUCCCGGUGUCCUGAUGGCGGUGGCCAGAGGUGCGAACCAGGCGAUCGCCGAGUGCCAGCAUCAGUUUCGCAAUCGCCGAUGGAACUGCUCGACCAAGAAUUUCCUCCGUGGGAAAAACCUCUUUGGUAGGAUCGUCGACAGAGGUUGUCGAGAGACCGCCUUCAUCUACGCCAUCACGAGCGCGUCCGUGACUCACAGCAUCGCAAGAGCGUGCAGCGAGGGCAGCAUCCAAUCGUGCUCCUGCGAUUACACGCAUCAAUCGCGAGCACCGUCCACCACGCGUGACUGGGAAUGGGGUGGAUGCUCGGACAAUAUCGGCUACGGGUUCAAAUUCUCCCGCGAAUUCGUCGACACCGGGGAGCGUGGACGAAACCUGCGCGAGAAGAUGAAUCUGCACAACAACGAGGCCGGCAGAGCGCACGUGUCCUCGGAGAUGCGACAGGAGUGCAAGUGCCACGGUAUGUCCGGCUCCUGCACCGUCAAGACUUGCUGGAUGAGGCUGCCGAACUUCCGCGUGGUCGGCGAUAACCUGAAGGACCGAUUCGACGGCGCGUCGCGAGUCAUGGUGAGCAACUCGGACCGGGUGCGUGGCAACGGGAACGCGAUCGUGAGCAACUCGGCGAGCAACUCGGUGCACGGCCACCGGGAGGGUCUGGGUCGUCGACACCGAUACAACUUCCAGUUGAAGCCGUACAACCCGGAGCACAAGCCGCCCGGCCCGAAAGACCUCGUUUACCUGGAGCCGUCGCCGCCGUUCUGCGAGAAGAAUCCGAAACUCGGCAUUCUCGGGACACACGGCAGACAGUGUAACGACACGAGCAUCGGUGUCGACGGCUGCGACCUGAUGUGCUGCGGCAGAGGCUAUAAAACGCAAGAGGUGACGGUGGUCGAGAGAUGCGCCUGCACGUUCCACUGGUGUUGCGAGGUCAAGUGUCAGCUCUGCAGAAUCAAGAAGACGGUACACACGUGCCUCUAGGUCUUCACCAGAGACUUUGUGUUCUUCUCGUCCCUCCAUCCCUGGCACCUUUAUCUCUCGAAGAGACUACCUUCCUUCCUGGCGAAGGACGUUUUCGUAGUCUCUCUUGACUACGUCGUCGGGACAAGGCGGUCCAGGUGAUUCUACCACGAAGAACUGCAGUGCGUACAGGUUUCACGUGUACACAGGUUAAGACCGAGUUGCCGCCACCGUGACGGAGCUUCCCGAGUUUGACCGAGCUACUCCUUGUCUCCCAGUAUUACGCGAAACGAUCGAGAGACCGUGUAUUUGUUACGACGUUCCACGGACGCGUACUAAAGACUGAGACGGUGAGAGGAAUCGUUAUCGGAUCGCGAUAGUAAGGUUAGAACAGUUAGACGUAAUAACUGGCGAAUCGCCGUCGCACACUGUACAUAUGACAUAUCCCUUUUGUUUCCGAUCUCGCUUCGAAAUCGCGUCGUCUUCUCCCUUCCUUGGGAAGAAUAUAUAUUUAUAUAUAUAAUAACCGCGCGACUGCGAGACUCGUUAGAUUCGUUAUUUAUUCCGACCCCUCGGAUCGCGUAUUUGUAUAUAUUCGUAGAUCGUAGGUACACGUAAAUUCGCAGAUUUAUAAAUGUAAAUGUAUAAAUAUAAAUAUAUAUUUUUGAAGACCGCGUUGUAA